AUGGCGUGUGGAUGUACUGAACCUGCCGUAGAGGCUGAGGACAGGUUGGCAGCGUCUGAUCUGGACGACAUUUGGGGCGACGACGAGGUUUUGGCCUCGUCCAACGCCGACAUCAAGCGCAGCCAUCACAAGCAAGGGUACUUGGACGGCAAGACCCAGGCCAACGAGGCCAAUUUGCAGCAUGGGUUCGACAUGGCGUUUCCACAGGGUGCCCGUUUGGGCAUGGUCGUGGGCCAACUACUUGCCAAAGCGAUGGCGACUGGCAACUCCGAGUUGUUCCAGGAGGCCCAGCGGGAGUUGCACAUCGAACGGGUGUUGAGCAAGAAAUACUUUAAUGACGAGUUGGAGAUGGCAGAGGGGCAUGAGAUUCUUGAAAAGUGGCAGAAGCGGUUGCAGUAA